GAGCGCCCCAUCCCAGCAUGUAAAAGCCGCCCCACACCAGUGCGCUCCUCGUCGCCUCGGAGCCUCCUCCGCUCCCGCUCCUCCUCAGCGCCCGGCACGGCUGCAGCGUCAUGGCAGGGCACGGCGCCAGCCUGCUCCUGCUCCUGGGUCUCAUGCCAGCUCUGCUCAGCGCCGUCAGGAUCAACAGCCCCGGCCGGGAGGUGCUCUUUCUGGCCAAGGGCGACUCGGUGAAGCUGGGCUGUCCCUACGUCCUCGACCCUGAAGACAACGGUCCCCAAGGUCUGGGAAUCGAGUGGAUCCAAAUCACCCCCGAGAGAACCGGCCCCGAGAAAGUGUUCCUGUCCUACCACGACCACCACGUGGACUACGGCAGCGGUUCGGGGCUGCAGGACCGCGUGGCCUUCGUGCAGAGCGACCCCAGCCAAUACGACGCCUCCAUCAGUUUGGCCAACGUUCAAGAAUCCGACACCGGCACCUACCAGUGCCGGGUGAAGAAAAACACUAUCGCCGUGCACGAAGUCAUCGUCACCGUGCAAGAGAAGCCGGCGCCGCCGCAGUGCUGGUUCGAGGGGGAGCUGGUGGAAGGCAGCAGCCUUCUGCUGCGCUGCUACAGCCGCGGCGGCGCCUCGCCGCUCGCCUACCAGUGGGCCAAAUUGGCCGACAGCUACAGCGGAGGACAUCUGCCCUCUGGCACCAUCCAAGGACGCGCUCCUGGCGACCUGCUCAUCCGUAGCCUGACCAAGGCGCACGGCGGCAUCUACCAGUGCCGCGUCACCAACCGCGUGGGCUACUCCGUGUGCCAACUCAACAUCAACCUAGCGCCAAGCUGUGCUCCCACCGCAGGAGGAAGGCAGGCGGGCAUCAUCGUGGGCUCCAUCCUGGGCUCCCUGCUGCUCCUCAGCCUUCUCGGGCUCCUCAUCUGGGCGCUGAUCUGCCGCUACCGCCAAAAGGAGUGCCAACGCGCCUGCAGCGACUGCAGGAGCAGCACCGGCGGCACCAUGACCCGCAGCUGCAACGUCUGCACCCACCACAGCUAUUCGCCGCACGGCAUCAGCUACAUGCAGUGCCAACACGGCGACGGCGGCGACGAGCGAGCGGCCGCGCUCAUCUGCAACGACGGAAUCCGGCACCAGGUCGCCUGUCCCGCGCUGUGACCCCAACGCUCACCCACCUUCGCCCGAGGGAACCGACGCCGAACCGUUGGCACCGCCGGCAUCCCGCGCCGCGGCCGUGCCAGGGCUCGCCGGGAAAAUUGAAGUCAAGAAUCCGUCUCCCUCCAACCCAAAGCGGCUCCGGCAAACCUCGAUUGGGUCCAUUGGUUUCUUUCUUGGUUUUUUUUCCCCUGUUUUUAUACGUUCCCCUCGGCGCUGCCGGAGCUUUUCCGUCUGAUUUCAGUGCUAUUUAUUACUUUCCGGUCCAUCGAGGCGCAGCGCCGAAUCGGCACCGGCAAUGGGGCGAACCGCGAGCCGAGCGCCGGCAGCGCCGCGAAGGGAAGUUUGGAAUAAGACACACACGAAAAAAACAAAACCCCAAAAAGAAUGAAAAGAAAUAAAUUAAAGUGAACCCAAA